CUGUAAUCUUAAUUGAAUUUAAAAAGAAUCAUGGAUAAAGAGGAAAUUGAUGAGUAUGGCAGGCCUUAUCCACCUAAAUGAGGCAAGUACAGGAUCCCCCAUGUCGCAGCCGAUGCUAUUGUCCUUAGGAAGCAUGCAGAAGAUGAUUACCAUGACAUCUUGCUUAUUACAAGAGGAAUUGAGCCGAGCAAAGGAUGCCUUGCAUUCCCUGGAGGCCAUAUAGACUACAAUGAAGCCCCUGAACAUGCUUGCAUCAGAGAGCUGGAAGAAGAAUGUGGUAUUAAAGGAACUGAACCAGAGCUGUUCACAGUCAGAGGAGAAGCUACCAGAGAUCCAAGAAAGCAUAUGAUUACCAUUGUUUACUCUGUUACUGUAGACCCUGAUGCAGAGUACAAAGCAGGGGAUGAUGCAGCAACGGCUGAAUGGUAUAACCUCAAGGAGAUAGUAGAUAAUAAAACCGAGAAAGAUUUUGCAUUUGAUCACCAUUCAAUCUUGACAGAAUUUAUCUCAAAAAAGCUCACAGUAUACUAAAUGCAGGGUGUGGCCAAAAGAUUU